AUGUAUAUCUCGCCACUUUCAAAAAUUCCUGGUCCAUUAUUUUCUUCGCUCACUGAAAUCUUGGUAUCCUUGAAAAGGCCAGAAGGUCGUGUAUUUGAAUGGUUCUAUUCAUUGCAUUUAAAAUAUGGUAAUCUUGUUAGGGUUGGUCCCAAAUUUAUCUUAUUUGAUGACUUAGAAGCUAUAAAAUUUAUCUUGAAAGACAGUGAUAUGCCAAAGACUCCAACUAUUGCAGGAAUACGAGCUCAUUACAAUUUACCAACUUUAUUUUCUGCCACUGAUAAGACAUUCCACAGACAACGCAAACGCAUUUUGUCACCAGCUUUCUCUAUAAAAUACGUAGCAUCACUCGAGCCACUAAUUCAAUCCUGUGUAAAAUCGUUAAUUAAAAAAAUCAACACACUCUCAAAACCUUCACCUAAAUCCUCACACUCGUUAUUAAGCUCAACUCCUAAUCAAUUAAACGAAGAUAGUUUACAAUCGAUAAACCUUUAUCAAUUGAUACAAUUUUGUACUUUAGAUAUAAUUGGUGAGACGGCUUUUGGAGGAUCAUUUAACAUGAUUGAGAAAGGAAGUCAUCCGUUACCGAUUAAAAUACUUGAAGAAAUGAAAAGAAGGGUCAAAUGUCAUACUUUUCCUUAUUUUAAAAUGUUCUUUAAAAAAGAUCCUUGGUGUGAUGAGGAAAACUCAAAGGCAACCAAACAACGUACAGAUAUUUUACAAAUUUUAUUUAAUAACCAUAAUCCAUUGAAGCAAUCUUCUCCGACUUCACCUGUGGAUGUAACAGACGGUAAAACAAUGAGUGCCUUUGAGAUACAAGAUCAAAUCAUGGAAUUCUUAAUAGGUGGUAGUGAUACAAGUGCAUUCACCAUCAUUAUGGCAAUUAUCAUGUUACUCUAUAAUCCUGAAAAAUUAAGAAAUUUAAGAUUAGAAUUGAAAUCUGCGUUUCCUAAAUUACAAAAUAGCGUAACAUCAUAUGAACACGAGGAUGACCUAUUUUUACCAACUCAUGAAACUUUAAAAUCUCUCAAAUAUUUGAAUGCCGUAAUAGAUGAAACAUUGAGAUUAUUUCCAAUAACACUAG